AUGACGCUGCCGCCGCCCGCGCGCCCCGCGCACCCCGCCGCGCACCGCGCCAUGCGCUACUACCGCAUCUGGAUCUACGCGUGCAACGGCGCACUGCUGCUUGGCGCGCUCGCCUUCUGUGCGGCGGCGGGGCGCGCGCUCGCCGACUACCGGCGCGCCAUCGUGCCGGGGCUGGGCGCCGCGCAGCCCGGUUUCCUCUACGGGUACGCGGCCCUGCCCGCGCAGGCCGGCCUGCUGCAGCUACUCGGUUGCCUCGCUGCGCUGCGUCUCUCAGAGCGCAUGCUCAACGCUUACUGGCUAGCCCUGCUGGCGCUGCUUGUCGGGGACGCCGCCAUCGGCGUCUAUUGGGCCUUUCGCUUCGAACGAGUGUGUCGGGAGCUCCGACCACAACUACGCAUCCGCCUCGCGAAAGACUACGAUUCGGACGUCGAAUUCGCGGAGGCGUGGGAUCGACUACAGAGAGAGCAACGGUGCUGCGGAGUGACCGGUCCCGCCGACUUCGCUGCAUUUAAUCGCACGACGCUACCGCCGAGCUGCUGCCGCAUGCCGGCGCACACGCCUGCCACCCCGCCCGCGCUACUCACGCCGACGUCUACCGCAUCGCUCGCGCCGGUCACGCCCACACACUGCGCGCCGCACACGGCCGCCUGCGCCGAGCGGUUGCUGGUGUGGUUAAGACGGACGGCGGACGCGCUGUUCGUUCUAGGGUACUGCGUGAUUGCAUUUUUAAAGUUGUGCUUCCUGGGAAUCCUCCGAUACGAAAUAAAGGAGAUGAUUCAGAAAAUUAGAAUAUUACGAAGCGAGCUCGGGGCUGGCGAACUGCUCGACGGCGGCAGUCCGAUUCACGGUGGACCGCUGUCGCAGACGGUGAUAGUGAACGCCGUAAAUGCGAACGGCGGUGUGCGCACGCAUGGAGGCAGCCCCGAGCGCGGGACGGAGCGUGAGGCGUUGCUCGGGCGCGGCGCGGAGUCGUGCUCGCGACGGGGAACGCACGACGAGCCGCUCGGCCCGAAGACCGUGAAUGGUAACAACAACUGCGAGAUGCGCGAGCUGGCGCGAGGCGAGUACCGACCACUGGCGGUGGACAGUGCGGCGACCAGGAUCUGACUAAGAUGUUACCUGGAGCGGCUG